GUUGUAACGUCCCUCCUUCCCUGCGCUAGGGUGGGCGGCGGCGCCGGGACUUCGCGGUGCGACCCUUCCGGGACGCCGUCCACCAGCACCCCGCCCUCGCGCGGACGCCUGGGAGUCCGGCGGCGCCUUCCGUUCGCGCAAUGGCCGCGUCCGAGGCCGAGUGGAUAACCAUUGCCAAUAACCUCCUCUCUAAGUGUCACAUACACCUGAGGAUACAUGAGCUUGAAGAUUGCGAUGCCAAUGUUUUUAUUGCUCUUUAUCAAUCCAUUCUGGGAGAAAAGGUACCAGACCUCAUAGCCAUCCCCAGGAGUCAGGAGGAUGACGCCCACAAUGUGCAGGCUGUGAUCGAUUCUCUGGCCUUGGAUUACCUGCAGGUCAGCCUGUCUCACAUAACAGGAGAAAAUAUAGUGAAAGGAGAUAAAGAAUCAAUUAAGAAUCUCCUAGAAAUAUUUGAUGGAUUGCUGGAGUAUCUUACGGAGCACAUCAGUGAAACAUCUCAUGAGAGAAGUGAAACUGAGCAGUAUUUUAAAGAAUCCCAUCAAGGACAGCCUUUGGAAGAUCUAGAAAGUUCUAAGGAAUCCAAAUCAUCAUCAAAGAAAGUCUCUUUUGAAAGGUGCUCGUCAUCUGAGGCACGGGGCCCCUCUUGGGAUGAAGAUGAAGCAGAGUCCACGGGUGAAAUAAUUAGACUUGGAGACACAGCACACACCUUUUCUCUAAGAAGUAAUGGGAACCAACGGCCCAAUGAAAUUCCGUCUAAAAAGGCCUCAACACCAACUUCAAAAUCACUUGAUGACAUCUUGGAUCCUCCCUCAUCUCGUUUUCUGUUGAAGAACAGGCCGUCUUUUGUUGCAGGCGCAGAAUCCCCUUCUGUGAGUGUGGCUCCAAGUGCUAGGAAGCUGGGGGAACCAAUCCGAGCAGCUAUUCCCUUACAAGCACCCUACCACCCUUCAGAGCCUCGAGCACCCUGCCCUAUCGGGAGAGACUACUGGAGAUCAAGUCACUGCUCCCCUGCUGCCACCUCUGCAGGGGAGCACGCGGCGUCCUCUGUGGAUCCAGACGAUAGAGUUUUGAUAACUUCCCAGUUGCCUGAAGAUGGCACACAGGAAAUGCACCCGACUCAGGUCCAGGACCCGAGGACAAGGAAGCUUCCCAAAGGAAAAAGAAGUGAAGACAGAGCUGCAGCCUCUCCCAGGGAUUCGUCGUUCUCCCACAGGCCUAGACAGAGGUUAACAGAGCAAGAAUUACAUGAAGUAUCCAAGAAGCUCUCUCAGCGGCUCGCUGAACUAGACUGGAUGUUAAAAAGUGCCUUGGGUGAUCGAAUUAAAGGAAAAGCAACUCAAGAAGAAGACAGUGGAAGUGAAACAGCAGAGAGCGGCAGAGAGGAGACCCUGUCCCGGCACAGUGACAGCGUCAUGGAGUAUGGACCCAGGAAGCGGAGGCCAGGGCCAUCUGCGCACAGGAAGCCUCCUCACAGAUCCCACUCACUCUCUCCGUCCCCAGUGAAUAAGCACAAGCAGCUCCAUUUAGAGAGGAGAAAGCACAAGCCGAAAGAAACAGCGGUCUGCCAAACACGAGCCAAGGCACUAAGUGAAGCAUUUGAAAGGGAACUGAGAAGAAAUAAAGUUCAAGAGAAUGUUGGAUCUCUAAGGAUAAAUGAGGAGGAGGAGGAGGAAACAGAAGAAACACCCAGAGAAGCUGUUCAUAAAGGAACUCUAAAACAUACUCAGCCCUGGAAGACUUACUCCGGAAAAACCACAGCUCCAAGUCCAAGAGGUGGCUUCCCAAAGCCAAAUAAAGUUGUUCCAAUGAAGGUGAAUGAGUGCAGUCUCCUGCCCCUUAUGCUGGAGCAGUUCCCAUUCCUCUGUGUGUCUGGCCCUACACUAAGCAAAAUGUGGAAGCAACAAAUCACACAGGUUGAACAGCUCAGAAAAGAUGUAUGCAGAGAAAACCGAUCGAAGAAGAAACUCCAGGAUGAGAUAGAAGCAGCCCUGAGAAGGCAUGACCUCCUCACUGCGCUUGUCAAGAAAGAAUAUGAACACAACAAGAGACUGCAAGAGUUCAAGGACCGCAUUCACAGACAAAGGUUGACACAAUCAAAGAUUAAAGAAAACCGCCAGCAAAUUGUUCGUGCCCGGAAAUAUUAUGAUGAUUACAGAGUUCAGUUGCGUGCAAAAAUGAUGAGAAUGAGGACCCGGGAAGAAAUGAUCUUUAAGAAACUGUUUGAAGAAGGUUUACAAAUUCAGAAGCAAAGAUUACGAGACCUAAGAAACUAUGCUAAAGAAAAGCGGGAUGAAGAGAAGAGAGAGCACCAGAAUGAACUGGACUCGCUGGAGAACUACUACAGGGACCAGUUUUCAUUACUGGCAGAAGCCAUAUCGCAGGAACGUCAGGAACUUAAAGCCAGAGAGAAAUCCCAGGCCCAGAUGCUGCAUAAUGCAAAGAGGGAGCUGAGAGCGAAGAUGGAGCGGGAGAUCCAGCAACUGCAGCACAGGAUAACACAGGAUGACGAUGACGCCUUCUUCCGGGAACUGGAAGCUGAGCGCUUCCGAUCGCGGCUGCAGCUGGCUUCCUUUCAGUACAGUAAGAGUCCCUUCCCUUGAGACCUUCACCAGGACAGAGCUAGAACCAAGUUCAACAGUCUCUACCCGAAGAAUCAUUUUUAAAAGUUUUAUGUAUUCAAUUACUUUUUAAAAAUGACCUUUUUAAAAUAAAAA